UUAAACUCUUAAACCAUCCCCAUUCAUAUUCAUGUGAAGUAAAAGCAGCGAGAAAGAGUAAACGAAAAUCGGCGAAAAACAAUGACAGUAGCGGCCGGGAUAGGGUACGCGUUGGUGGCUUUAGGACCGUCUCUUACCCUUUUCGUCUCCGUUAUCUCCAAAAAGCCCUUCUUGAUCCUCACUCUUCUCUCCAGUACAUUGGUUUGGCUUAUAAGUUUGAUAAUAUUAUCUGGAAUAUGGAGAGCUUUUCUUCCUUUGAACUCAAAAACUUGGUGGCCUUUGGCAAUUCUUAUAUUCACAUCCGUUGCCUUUCAAGAAGGCCUUCGCCUUCUUUUCUGGAAAGUUUACAAGAGGUUAGAAGACAUAUUGGAUGCUUUUGCUGAUAGGGUCUCAAAGCCACGCCUAUACCUGACUGAUAAGAUGCAAAUUGCUCUUGCUGGCGGGUUAGGUCAUGGUGUGGCACAUGCAGUAUUCUUUUGUCUUAGCCUCUUAACACCAGCAUUUGGUCCAGCAACUUAUUUUGUUGAUAGGUGUUCACAGAUACCAUUUUUCCUUGUUUCUGCAAUCAUUGCUCUUGCAUUUGUAACGGUUCAUACUUUCUCUAUGGUUAUUGCAUUUAAUGGCUAUUCUGAAGGGAAUAAAGUGGAUCAAGUUUUUGUUCCCUCAGUUCAUCUUGCUGCUGGAAUGAUGACUUUGAUAAAUUUUGCUUCCGGUGGCUGCAUUAUUGGGAUUCCUCUUCUCUUCUUGAUGGCAAUCUUGACCUUGAUGCACUGUGGGAGGAUGGUUUGGAGAAGAUUAACUGAAAACCAAAGGCAGGGUAAUUCAUAACAACCACGAACUUCUUCAAGUUCUCCCUUUGUUUAGUUGCACCUGCACGGUUCCUACCUUGCAGGUGCUAGACAUUGAAGCCAAGUAGGCACCUUUUUCAAUGAAGUAAGUUUGCAACAGCUAAAACUUUUCAUUCAAAUCCGUAUACAGUGGCUCCUUGUUUAUGCAUUUUGUUUAUGUUUGCGAGGCCUGAUGAAGUUGCGUAGUUUUGGUGUCUUCUUGCAUCAAUGUGUUUUUCUUGUAUUUUUUGUGGAAAGUUCCUUCAACAUAUAGGGAAUGGUUCAAUGGACAUCUAUAGCUUUGUCUAUCCUACUUGACAACAGUAUUGUCACUUAUUUUAUACUUGUAACAACAUGCUUUUCUUUCUAUUUUCAGUUAGAUCAUAUUGUGAAACCAUAGGUUAUGCUGUUUCAUCCAUUAGUAACUGAAUCUGAUGACCUCUUACUGAUCACCGAUAACUCUUUGCAAGUUUCCAAAAUUUUCUUCAAUUUGCAUUUUCUUCCUACUUAAUUCCUUGGUUUAGGAUUGUGAUUGGUGUUUGGAAUUGUUGUUAGUUGGUGAAUUUAACCCUAAAUGCAAUGUCAAAUAAAAUAAAGAUUUGUUUAUGAUUUAAAAUCUCAAUUGUGGUGGAUUUCAUUUUUCAAUGGAAAAACCAAAUAGAAACUUGUUUUUAGAGAAGUAUUGAAUUUAUUUUCGUUUGCAUUUAUGAAUCACAAGCCACUAGGAUAUGUACUUACUGAACUUUUAAAUAAUUUUUUAGGCUCUUGUUGUUAUUAGAAAUCGAAUUUUUU